ACGCGCCAGGCACACGAUUUACAAUUUCUGUUUCAGCCAAGCGGCCAUAAAGCAUUGCCGGCCAAAAACCCGACCUGCCGAAGACCACCUGCCGUUUUUUUCAUCUCAGGUCGGCGCAUGCGUGGUGGGGAGCUGGUCGGCAGGCAGCCGCGCACUCGGCGGCUCCGCAGUCGGUGCAGGUCGGUGGAAGAGCAAGGACGGACUGACUGCGCGGCAAAAUGCUCCGAAUAAGCGUGCUCCUUUGCGCGGCGCUGACGAUCGGCGCCUCGCUCGGACUUUCGGUGCCUUUCUACAACGACGACGAUGAGUUCAGCGGCGCCAGUAGCAACCUGCAGACCAACCUGCAAGAGCAGAUCAAGGCGCUGGUCGAACACCGCAAACAACUGGACAAGGAGUUGGACACCAUCAAGAUUGCCAAUCAGAUCGAGUUGACGGCGCUCAGGGAGGAAAUCGAGAGCCUCAGGAAAGAGAUCACGAAUGCAAAGGAAUCGAACGGCCCGCAGUCAACGUCCAACAACCAGCAGCGCAACGACCACCUGACAGUGCAGUGGUUGCAGAGCGCAGUCCAGCAAAUCCGCAACGAAAUCCAAACCGAGUUGUCGGCUAGCCACAACACGAGCGAGAUCCACUCGCAGUCGGUGUCGAGCCUGUCCAGCGAGGUGUCCCUACUGAGGGGCGACGUGGACAGUUGUCGCGCCGACCUGGAAGCUCUGCGUCGCGACGCUGAGCUCAACACGGUGCAGAACCAGCAGAACGUCGAGGAGAUCGGCAACAUCAGGGAAAAGGCGCAGAGCUGCUCCGCAAGCUGUGCCAACCUUCGUGUGCAGUUGGAAACAGCCCAAUCUGAGUGGAGUUCAGUCCUGAAACCCGCACCAGUACAGUCCAAGAUAUCGACGAACAAUGAAAACCGGGCUGACAGCUCGUCCAGCUUCACUGAGCAUAUGUCGAAGGACUAUGAGAGGCGUUUGCGACGCGUUGAGAAGCACCUGAAGACAGCCAUGUGGUCGCAUGCCAAGUCCGCGAGUCGCGAGGCCGAGCAGAAGGAAUUGCUCGAACGAGUGUCCCAGCUGGAGAGCAGCAGCCGCACCAACGCUCGCAAGUUCUUCAACAUCAGUCGUGACCUGGCAGCCAUCGACAAAGUGCAGAAGAGCAACGCGCAGCUGAAAGAACAGGUCACCCUCCUGGAGAACAGGCUGGACACCUCCAUUCCUGAGCUGCAGAAGGAAGUGACCAAGAUGGAGUUCGAGCUGGCGCAAACCUCGUCCAACGCUCAGGUGGCCAAGGAUAGUCAGGAAGUGCAGAGCAAGAGCCUGAAAAAUCUGAUGGAUCUGGUGUCGGGCCUGCAAGACGGCCUGGACGAAAAUCGCGCACUCAUCUCGGUGCUUAAACACGGAGCGCUGUCUUCGUCAGCAUCUUCGCCGUUGGAUGAGCAGCAGAACGACGAAGAGUCGGCGGCCGCUGAUAAAUCUGUCAAGAGGGUUGUCAGAGACAUCAGUCGCAUUGAGAAGGAUUUCUUGCACAUCCUGAAUACUUUGCCGCAAGAUUGCGAGGCGAUCUCUGGCCAGAGUGGUCAAUAUUUGAUAGCACCUAAACUGACGCCGGAGGAGUUGGACAGCUCGAACGUGAUCGACGCACAGUUCGAGGCGCCGAUCUUGGCUUCGUGCGACCAGAAGAGCGGCGCCGGCGGUUGGACUGUGAUUCAGCGCCGCACCGAAGGCACCGAAGAGUUCAACCGUGAUUGGGCCGAGUACCGUGCUGGCUUCGGCUCACCAGGUGGCGAAUUCUGGCUGGGCAACCAGGCAAUCCGGCGUUUGACCGCGGACAACUGCUCCUCGCUGCGCGUGGACAUCCACGAUAUCUACGGACAGAAUUGGUUCGCCGAAUACACCGAGUUCAGCGUGGGCACCGAGCAGGAUGGCUACCGGCUGUGGGUGAACGGCUACCAGGGCAACGCGAGCGACGCGUUCGAGUACCAAAACCACAUGCAGUUCAGUACGAUCGACUCUGACCGGGACAUCAGCAACACGCAUUGCGCGGCCAACUACGAGGGCGGCUGGUGGUUCUCGCACUGCCAGCACGUGAACCUCAACGGCCGGUACAGCCUCGGGCUCACGUGGUUCGACAGCUCGCGCAACGAGUGGAUCGCAGUAGCCUGGAGCGAGAUGAAGGUGCGCAGGAGAGCGGGUUGUGCGGCCAACAAACAGCAACACCAACAGCAGCAACAGCAGCGGCGGCGGUAAAAAAGCAGCACUCGCCGAGUUGACCUCCUCUAGUCAUUAUCGAUUGAUUGAUUCUCGAGUCAUAUCACUUAAAUUUGGUUUAGUUUUUGUGUUAACCACUCGCGCCUCUGUGUGUGACCAAUAAUGACCUCCCAGUUUAGCUUUGUCCAACACAUACACGCCUCUCGUUUUUGCGGCCAACGCGGCCUGCCUCGAUAAAUAGCUGCACAAUAUGUUGUACUAUUUCACGGUGCUCCCUGUUCUUGGAUUCUAAUCGAUAGUUGUUGAGAAGAGAUAAUGAGCUUAUCACAAAAUAAAGUGAAUGUUUUAUCAGCCUUAAAUUUGGAUGUCAUGUUAAUUAUAUCAAGCACACGCAGUGCGCUGAAUUGCAAGGUGUAGCUGAGUGAGUCGAAUCCUAUAGUAGUCAAGAGUGUUUUUGGGAAGUUGAUCUUUGAUAGUUUUAGCAAAUUGCAUACACACAUUAAUAAUAAAUGGCAGUCUCGUCGUUAUUGUUGUUGCAGCAGAGAGCAAA